AUGAGGCUCGUGGCGCUGCGGCUCUGCCUGUCCCCGCUGCCCGCCGCGCUGCCGCCGCGCCGCGGGAUGUGCAGCGGGGGCGCGGGGUGGCAGCCGGGCGGCGGGGGCGCGGCGGCGGUGCGCAAAAUCACCGAGAAUGCAAAGAAAUCCUUGGCCUCUCUUAAAAGAGAAAACCCUCGACUUGAGCCCACACUUGCCAUUAUUCAGGUACAUAAUGAUCAUUUGACUCAAGAAACACACGAGAACUUUGCCAAAGAGAUUGGUCUACGUGUUGUUAACAUCUGUCUCCCUGAAGGCAGCAGCAAGGAUGAGAUUGUCGAUGAAAUCUUGAGACUCAAUGAGGAUCCUAAUGUGCAAGGCCUUGCCCUUGACCUCCCAGAAAGCUUGCAUAGCAGUAAGGUAUUGAACGCUGUGAAACCAGAGAAGGAUGUGGAUGGCUUAUCCGACGUAAACCUCGGACGCUUGGUACGUGGCAAUGCCUAUGGCUGCCUAGUGCCUCCUACAGCAUGUGCUGUGAUGGAGCUUCUUGAAGAUUUAGGUGGAAAGACAGUGCUGCUGGUGGGAGCCAAUGGGGUGGUGGGCACUGCUUUGCAAUGCAUGCUGCAGAGGAAGGGAGCAGUGACUGUGAGCUGCCCGUGGAAAGCUCCUCAGCUGCAGACCAAGCUUCGUCAUGCAGAUGUGGUAGUAGUUGGCAGUACGAAACCCAAUGAUGUUCCUGUGAGCUGGAUAAAGCCUGGAACCACCAUUAUCAGCUAUUUUCAUGACUUACUGUCAGAGAAACACAACUAUGGUCAGCAGAACAAUCAUAUUGCUGAAAAUACUGUUGGUUCUCUUUCAAUAGCAAUGCGAAUGCAGAACAUGGUAAAAACUACAGAGCGAUGGAUCCAGUCCCAGCAGUGCAGGAAGUGGGACCUCCGCUGCUUGAAAUUGCAGCCCCUCUCCCCAGUGCCCAGUGAUAUUGAGAUUUCCCGAGCACAGAGUCCAAAAGCUGUUGAUGUACUUGCCAAGGAGAUAGGAUUGCUUACAGAUGAAAUUGAGAUCUAUGGCCAAACCAAAGCCAAAGUACGUUUGUCCCUGCUGGAAAGGUUAAAGGAUCAACCAGAUGGAAAAUAUGUUCUAGUUGCUGGAAUAACCCCUACGCCCCUAGGAGAGGGGAAAAGCACAGUCACAAUUGGUCUUGUUCAGGCACUUACUGCACACCUUAACAUUAAUUCCUUUGCUUGUCUGAGACAACCUUCCCAGGGACCUACUUUUGGAGUUAAAGGUGGAGCUGCUGGUGGUGGAUAUGCUCAAGUGAUUCCCAUGGAGGAGUUCAAUCUUCAUUUGACUGGAGAUAUUCAUGCUAUAACUGCUGCAAAUAAUUUGCUGGCUGCUGCUAUCGAUGCUAGGAUCUUGCAUGAGAACACUCAGUCUGAUAAGGCUUUGUACAAUAGACUGGUUCCAGAAGUUAAUGGUGUGAGAGAAUUUUCUCCUAUUCAGCUUGCCCGUCUGAGAAGGCUAGGAAUAAACAAGACUGAUCCUGGGACUUUAACAGAAGAGGAGGUCAGAAAAUUUGCACGCCUUGAUAUCGACCCAUCUACCAUAACAUGGCAAAGAGUGGUGGAUACAAAUGACAGAUUCCUGCGCAAAAUAACAAUUGGACAGGCAAACACAGAGAAAGGAUUUGUCCGUCAGGCUCAGUUUGAUAUUGCUGUUGCAAGUGAAAUUAUGGCCAUCUUGGCACUUACCACCAGCUUGCAAGAUAUGAAGAAGAGGCUGGGGAAAAUGGUGGUGGCUAAUGACAAGAAAGGAGAACCAGUUACAGCAGAGGAUUUGGGAGUAACAGGUGCUUUGGCAGUUUUGAUGAAAGAUGCAAUUAAGCCCACACUAAUGCAGACAUUAGAGGGAACACCAGUAUUUGUUCAUGCUGGACCUUUUGCUAACAUUGCACAUGGAAAUUCUUCUGUUUUGGCAGAUAAAAUUGCCCUUAAGUUAGUUGGAGAGAAAGGAUUUGUAGUAACUGAAGCUGGCUUUGGUGCUGACAUUGGGAUGGAGAAAUUCUUCAACAUCAAAUGCAGAGCCUCUGGCUUGGUUCCCAGUGUGGUUGUACUUGUUGCUACAGUGAGGGCUUUGAAGAUGCAUGGAGGUGGGCCAAAUGUAACUGCUGGUGCCCCCUUGAAGAAAGAAUACACAGAAGAGAACCUCCAGCUGGUAGCUGAUGGCUGCUGUAAUCUACAGAAACAGAUUCAAAUUACUCAGCUCUUUGGAGUUCCUGUUGUGGUUGCUCUAAAUGUCUUCAAAACUGACUCUCCUGCUGAGGUUGAUCUGGUGUGUAAAAUUGCAAAGCAAUCUGGAGCAUUUGAUGCUGUACCUUGCAAUCAUUGGUCGGCCGGUGGUAGAGGAGCAGUAAAAUUAGCUCAGGCUGUGGAAAAGGCAGCCAAUCAGAAAAACAGUUUCCAAUAUCUCUACAACUUGGAGCUUCCCAUUGUUGAAAAAAUAAGGAUCAUUGCUCAGAAGGUGUAUGGAGCUCAGGAUAUAGAACUGUCUCCUGCUGCACAGUCCCAAGUUGAUCGGUAUACCCGGCAGGGAUUUGGAAAUCUUCCUAUCUGUAUGGCAAAAACUCACCUAUCCCUCUCCCAUCAGCCUGAGAGGAAGGGUGUUCCCACUGAUUUCAUUUUGCCAAUUAGUGAUGUGCGAGCCAGUAUUGGAGCUGGAUUCAUCUACCCUUUGGUAGGAACGAUGAGCACCAUGCCAGGACUGCCCACGAGGCCAUGCUUCUAUGACAUUGACCUUGACCCUGUCACAGAGCAAGUGAAAGGAUUGUUUUGAGAGUGAUAUCCAAAUUCAGAAGCCUGGAAAUUAAGAACUGCAACUUUCUGUUUCCUGCAAGUAGGAGACAAAAAUGAAUCUGACUUAUUCCUGUUACGUGUCUCUGGAGGGACGUCAAGAUAGACCAAAGAGCAAAAGUUUACUCUUUAUUCAAACCAAUUUUUUUUGAUGAAAUAUAGCUGUAACAUUGUUUUAAAAAAAAAAAAAUAAUAGGGGGAUGGGGGGGAAAUACAAGCCAAAUUUUUUCUCACUGUAGUGCAGGAAGGUCUCUGCUGGGGCUUAUUCAUGUUUGUGGAUAAAAUGACAUUGAAAAAGAGACAAUUUUCUCACCUUAGAUUUCUCAUCUUUUCUCAGAGGAGUUUACAAAAGUAUUUCCGUUAUCUUGAACAUCUAAAAGGUUGGUAAACGUGAUUAUACUGUGUGAUCCAGCCUCUAUCUCUCUGGAAAAUACGCUUUUGCUCCUGGCAUUCAGGAGCUGAAACUACACACAGAUUAACUGCACAUUCUUGAGUUAUCAUCAAGCGUUGCUCUGGAUUCGUUUGGGCAACCGCCAAGUUUCAAGCAAGGAAGAUAUUAAGCAGAGAAAGAACAGAGCAUGUAUUUUGUAAAAGGUUUCUAAUAUAUAAUUUGUUUCCAUGUUGGGUGAAGAUCUUUUGAAACACUUAAGCUAUAGCUGUCUCAUGCAUAGGACUCUUUAUCCAAAGUAUAUGUUGCAGAUUGAUAUGUUACAGGAGAGUAUGUUACAGGAUGCCCAUUAUGGUGAAGCUGAUUGUUCAUCAAUGGCACCCCUACUUCUGAAGCCCUGUUUUGCUGCUGCUGGUGGCUAAUGAUGCCUCCUGCUGCGCUGGCUCCCGACCUAGAGUUUUUUUUGCCCUGUCAUUGCCAGCAUGCAACACCCAGUAACAAUGGAACAUCCAUCGGGUAAGGAUGUGACAGGGCAGAGCUUUGUUCUGCUUCAUCUUGCAGGU